CCGUUUAAACACAGCCGGGCCAGCCAGCAGCGACACAUCCACGGCAUUCAUGAGAAGAUGCCCCGUGUUUUAUCUUUUUAACCAUCCCCCCCUCGCUUCCCUCCAGCGCUUUUAAAGCCGGAGGAUACUGGUAUGGUUUCGGAGAAUGGAAGCGGACGACGUGUCGGUUAGAGAGCAACUUUUCCACAACCGUGUCCGGGAGACUAUAAUCUGUGUACUCCUGUUUACAUGCCUUUACAUACUAUCCUACCUCAUACUUACCCACUUCAGGAAGACUGCAGAGUUUGUCACAGAUGAUGUUGAAGAUGCCACCGUUAACAAAAUUGCGCUGUGGUUGUGUACGUUCACCCUGUCUGUGGCAGUGUGUGCUGUGCUCCUUCUUCCCAUCUCUAUUUUGUCCAAUGAGGUGCUGCUCACCUUCCCACAGAGCUACUACAUGCAGUGGCUCAACGGAUCUCUUAUCCACGGGUUGUGGAACCUAGUUUUCCUUUUCUCCAAUUUGUCCUUGGUCUUCCUCAUGCCCUUUGCCUACUUCUUCACGGAGUCUGAGGGAUUUGCAGGGUCCAAAAAGGGGGUUAUGGCACGAGUUUAUGAAGCAGUUGUGCUGCUGUUGCUGCUGGCUCUGCUUGUGCUGGGCAUUGUGUGGGUGGCAUCAGCGCUCCUCCAUGAUAACAUAGCCAGAAAGAGCCUUUACGACCUGUGGGAGUAUUACCUUCCCUACCUGUACUCAGGCAUCUCUCUGUUUGGAGUCUUGCUGCUUUUGUUGUGCACUCCCUUUGGGUUGUCCCGAAUGUUCAGUGUAACUGGCAGCCUAUUGGUCAAACCACGGCUGUUAGAAGAUGUAGAAGAUACUUUGAGCUGCACCAUGUUUGAGGAAAACUCACUCUCCAGGAAACUGAACUGUGGUAGUACGUCAUGCUGGGUCAAGUUGAACAUGGAGGCGAUGAAAAAAGAGCACCAAACAGUUCGGAGCAAGCGCAUCGCCCUGGAAAUGCGUAGAAAAGCGUCCCCGUGGCAGCGAAACUUGGGCUAUCCAUUGGCCAUGCUCAUGCUCCUCGCACUGACGGUGAUGUGUGUACUGAUGGUCUGUUUCAAUGUGUUGGAGUUGCUCCUGGAUGAGGCGGCUUUGCCCAGAGGGAUGGAGGACCCUCACCUGGGGAUGGCCUCCUUCUCCAUGUUUGGCUCACUGGGCGCUGCAGUUCAAGUAGUCCUUAUCCUCUAUUUGAUGGUGUCCUCAGUGGUGGGCUUCUAUAGUUCUCCUCUCUUCACUGGCCUCCUGCCUCGUGCACAGGACACCAACCUCACACAGAUCAUUGCAAACUGCGUGUCGCUGCUUAUCCUGAGCUCAGCACUGCCGGUCUUUUCACGAACACUUGGGAUCACCCGCUUUGAUCUACUUGGAGACUUUGGUCGGUAUAACUGGCUUGGGAACUUCUACAUUGUCUUCCUGUACAACAUGCUGUUUGCUGGUCUCACUUCUGCCUCCCUGAUCAAGACAGUCACCUGGGCAGUACAGAGAGAGCUUAUCCGUGCCUUUGGUCUCCACAGACUGCCUUUAACGGUGUCACGCUCCACCGUCCCCUUCAGACUCCUCCUGGCCAGUGGACUGUCUAAAAUCCAGUGACUUUUCCUCCUCGCCACUGCCUUUCCAAACCUUUUUUAGAAACUGUGCCACUUCAAAUGUGCCCUUGUUGGAUUAAACAUGUUUGCUAUUCAGUCCCUUUGCCACUUGGUACAUGGGUGGGGUCGCCCCGUGUGAAGUGACUGGAGAAGGUGACGAGUCUGUCUGCACUACAUCCAGUGUGAGAUCUGCUUUAAGCUGUGUUUAAUGACCAAUAUAUCAGGGUCCACUUUUGUGCAGUUAUUUUGACUGCAAGGACAAGUACUGGUACAAGAGGUUAGCUGAGUGGUCAUGGUUACAACUGGAACAAGGGGAAAAUGGAUUUAAGCCAUAUUGGCAGACCUGCCAUAGCGGACAAUGACACAGCAAUCCCCACACAAAACCUGACGCCUAAUGAAAAGAGGGUCCAGUGGAUAGCCGUUGUUCUGUUGACACAUGUGAAAGUCAGCAGAGUUAUUUUGAAAUAUUACAUUGUAACUGUGACAUAAUUUCCUCUUCCUGCUCCAGGUCGAUAGAGUGCUCUCUCUUUCUCUGUGGCUUCCCACACUUUUCCUCUCCUACGUUGUAUCACUAUUUUAAGAUUGGGAAUCUUACUUCCAUGUGUUUGGUGGUCCAGUCUGCACCAGUGUUAUGUUAGUUGAUGAGAGGAAGUUGUUAUUGGGAGCAAAUAGUACACAGAGUACCUUGUCUGUCUAUGGGUUCACAGGUUACACAGGGAAUAUGAGAGUGAGGUAAUCGUCUCAGUGUUGGAGCUUUUGUACAAACUCUACUAGGAGAAUUAAAAGCAUUUUCUGUGGUGAUUUAUCAUUGAAGAGGGUUUUUACUAUUGUGGAUGACAGUAAACUUACUGACUACGGAUUACUCAUUGAUUUAUAAAAAUAGACUAAAAAGCUUUACACUUUGUCUUAUGCAAUGUUGAAUGCCAUGUGAUACUCACUUGGAGGAACGUCUGCCUUUUGACCAAUCAAACUGUGAAUUGCUACGACUUUAUGUGGGGAAGUGCAAUAUUUUAUUAGCAAAAGCACACUUUUUAACUUUACCAAAAGUCAUUUUUAAAUCUUCUGUAUGAUUCCUUUUAAUUUUCUGUGAAGUAUUUUUUUUUUCAUCUCAUUCCUCUUUGUUGGACAGUGGAUGAAUGUUAGGAAUAGUUUGGGAAUGUUUUCAAAAAGCAAAUGUGACCAUCAAUCCAUGCAAUCCUUUUCCGGUGUCAGUUUUUUGAUACCUUAAAUUCGCUCAUGUUUAUCAAUGUGUUGGUGAUCCUGUGUCACCGUUUGCCUUUGCUGCUGUAUCAGCAGGUUAUUAGCUGUUGGUUUGACCAGCAGGGGACAGUGUCUCUCAAACCCAGCACCAGCCUCUGUGUUGUGUGAGUCUGUAUGUCUCUCUGGUUAGUUAUUAUAUGUAUUACAUACGGAGCACUCUGAGGUUUACUCAUUUCACUUUUUUUCUGGGAAUUUUUCUUUUGUUUUUUGGGAACACAAAUUUUUAUAAUGUACUGUUUUUUUUAUCAUUAUUUAUGGGCUUUUUGGGAUGUACAGCACAUGUUGAGACAUUACUACAUACUACAUUACUCUUUAACAGUAAAAAAAUGUUGAAUGUGAUGCAGGUGAGACAAGAAAAUCUUUAGAGUUGCUCUCAAGGAUAAAAAAAAUUAGUGUGUUUAUUGUUUACCUUUGAAAUGCUCUGAAUUUUUAACCAUCAUUGUUUUAUGAGAAGAAAGGAAUAAAAAUCAU